AUGGAUGAAGGGAAGUCAUCAAGAAGCAAGCGCCCUGAAAUACCUAGUAGUGUGGGCCCUACUUUUCAAGCUCCUACUUUGCUUCUAGAACAACAUCAGAUUAAACUUCGGCAGUAUGCUCAACAUCCUACGCCCGAGUUCAACCACAAAGUCCUUACUUUCCUAUGGAAGGGAUCAAGUAUCAAAAGGAUACAUACAAGGCAGAGUUAUACCACAUCUUCCAAGAAGCAUACCGCUGCAUACGACAUGCACUUGGCUAAUUUUCGAGCACAUCAUCAUAUGAAGAAGGCCAAGAAAGACACCAUAUGCGGUUGUUCCUGUUUGAACACAAAAGGUCGUGAUCAAAUGGAUAGAAGCAAAAGUAAUGCUAGGGACAAUUGUAGACACAUCCAUUGGCUAUCCUUGAGGAGUUUGAUUUUUACCUCAAUAGUCAUAAUGGGAUUUGAGGAGCUAGUCAUCCAACUCAGAUGCAAAGAAUUGAGCUUGCUUGAUGUGUUUGCCCUUAGUACAUGA